AAUCCGCGGCUGAGAGGCUCUACCCCCUCAUCUUCUUCCUCGCAAUUUGGCCGUAGGGUUUAUACCUCUGUUUCUCAAAACCCUCAGCUAAUUAUAGGUUUAUAUAACAAAUUAUACACAAAAAAAUAUGAACGUUGCUGCUUCCCUAUCAUCCAUCGCCACCGUCCGCUUCCCCAAUUGCCACCGCUGCUUCCGCUUCUCAAAACCCCUACUUCGAUCUCCGUCGCUUCAGAUAAUGUCCCAAUUCUCAUCAUCACCAUCUCCCUCUGCCGCAUCCGCGGCGCCAGUGAGGUCGGACACGGCGCCUGUCGAAACCAAGAAGCCGCCCAAGCAGCCGUGGCUCAUCGUCGGACUCGGAAACCCCGGGAAGAAGUACAACAGCACCCGCCACAAUGUGGGUUUUGAGAUGGUAGAUGCCAUAGCUGAAGCUGAAGGGAUACCUUUGAGCAGUGUUUCUUUCAAAGCCCUUGUUGGAAAAGGCCUUAUUGGCGAUGUUCCGGUUAUAUUUGCCAAGCCACAAACUUACAUGAAUAAAAGCGGUGAGUCUGUUGGAUCGAUUGUUUCAUAUUACAAGAUUCCAUUGAAGCAAGUACUUGUGAUAUUUGAUGAUCUAGAUCUUCCCUUUGGAAAACUGCGGAUGUUGCCAAAAGGUGGACACGGAGGACACAAUGGGAUGAGGAGUAUCAUUGAUCACUUUAAAGGGAGUCGAGAUUUUCCUCGCUUAAGAAUCGGCAUUGGACGUCCUCCUGGGAAAAUGGAUCCUGUCAACUUUGUUCUUCGUCCAUUUACUAAACAAGAACAACACGAGUUGAAUUUUACGUUUCAAGAUGGUGUAGAAGCGGUGCGUAUUCUUUUGCUCGAGGGGUUCAACAAAAGCGCAACAUUCGUUAAUACUGCCAAACCCUUGGAACAAUGCGGUUAAAUUGCUUCAUUUGUUAUCUUGAGAAUCAUAUUACUUCAAGGUUUCUCAUUCCGGCGGACAAUCAUUACUUGCAUUGUUAUCUGGUGGUGACGCCGACUCACAAACGCUGCCUGAAGAAUUAUACAGAGCCCCCAUAGGAUUAUGCAGUCCAGAGUGGUUCCGAUAUCCUCUCGCUGAAAGUGCAGCUGCGGCUAUACAUUUGAUAAGAACAUCAUACUUGAGAAUUAGCAACUUAUAUUUUUCCCAUUUUUUGUUUUACAUAUUUGGAUCUAUGCAAUUUAUGUAGUCUGAAUGUUUUCUCAUCAAACACAAUUAAGCUUUUCAAAUUCAAAACAUUCCAACA